UCAAGUGACCUUCAUGUUUCAAUUUUGGUAAUUUUCUUAACAUACAUAAUAUCAAGUGAGUUUCAUAUUUUUUAAAUUUCUUAUACGAAAUGAAAAAAUAAUUUUACUUAAGUUUAGAAUGAAAAACUUUAUUUUGAAAAACUAUGUAUUGUAUAUUUUUAUAAUUAUUCAAGUGGAUUAGAUGAAAUUCGGGUUGAGUCGGUCGGGUUACGGGUCAAUCGGGUUCGGGUUAAUCGGGUUACGGGUCAGUCGGGUUGCGGGUCAAUCGGGUUUGGGUUAAUCGGGUUGCGGGUCAAUCGGGUUGCGGGUUAGUUGGGUUGCGGGUCAAUCGGGUUGCGGGUCGGGCGGGUUACGGGUUGUUGACUUAUAGUCAAUUCGGGUUGCGGUCGGGUUGCGGGUCGGGUUGAUCGGGCGGGUUAAUCGGAUCGGGCUAUGUUUUGACACCUAUAUGUGCAACAACAAAUUGGUGGGCGGGAAUGCCAAGAAAGCAAGAAGGCUUGAGAUUGACUUUGAGGAUAUAAAUUCUGAUAAUGAAUGGAUUUGUGCUAGUGAUAAUGAAGAAGGAGAACCACAAUCUACAGAUUUAGAGGUUGGUGGUGAGGAAGGUGGUCAUACUAUUGAAGGUGGUGAUGAUGCUAUUGGUGUUGAUGCUCGAAGAGAUGAGGGUGAUCAUGAAUAUAGUAGUCCACUUGAUGUUGAUGGCAAUGGUGGUGAUGAUGAUAAUGAUGAUGAUUUGGAUGCAAAUGUGGAAGCCGAUGAAUUGAUGUAGUUUUCCUUCUAUCCUUUGUAACAUUUGUGUGCUUUGAUUGUGAGGACUUGGAUUAUUAAACUCAUAUGUCAUUAUGUAAACUUAAACCAGCUUGUGAGAAUUUGGAUUCUUAACUCGUUUGUGGCUUACAAUUUAUGUUUAUGACCUUAUUAUUAAGAUGUUAUGAGUUUGUUCUAAUUUAGACAUGAAUUGCAGGUAUUUUUUCUUUGGUUUAAUACACUUGUAUAUCCAAAACUUUCACGGUUGUGCCAAUAAUAUCCAAAUUUUUCG